AUGACAGACUCAAUCAGCAACUACAAUAGAUUGGUCACAAUCUUUGUGGCCAUUGGUUCAUUGACCUAUGGCUACAGCUCCUCAAUCAUCUCGAGUACAAUCGGUCAGCCAGGCUGGUUCGCCUACUUCAACCUCCCUGUGGAGGGAGAGCCUGGCUAUGAAAGCAUCACUACGCCCGCGGAAUCCACUGCCAACGGCCUAUUCAGUGCCGGUGGUGCUGUCGGAUGUCUGUUCCUGAUGUGGUCCUGCGACUUCUUCGGCCGUCGCGCCAACAUCCAAAUCGGCGCGUUCCUUGCCAUGUUCGGUGGUGCUCUCCAGGAGGGGCCAAUUCUCUUGCUAUGUUCCAAGCUGGAAGAUUUGUCUGCGGUCUUGGAAUUGGUCUCUUGGUUACUGUUUGCCCCAUACUACCAUCCCUUCCUUCGGAUGGAGAUUCCCGCUGUGCCUCCAGAGCUUGCCGCCGUUAAUUCUGCUGGCCGGAUCGCCGUGGCUGCCCCGUUCCCUCGUUGGUUGAUCCAAAAGGGUAAGCUCGAUGAGGCUCAGGAUGUUCUUCUCAAGCUCCGUGCUCCGGAUGAGCUGGCUGCCCGCGAAGAGUUUCUACAGACCAAGGAGCAGAUCGAGCUCGAGGCUCAAAAGCUCGCUGAGUAUGGCAACAUCGUCAAGGCCAUCAUCAAAAAGCCAUCGUACCGCAAGCGUAUGAUCAUUGGUUUCCUGACCCAAUGGGGUGCUGAAUUCGGUGGUCCUUUGAUCAUUAACAACUACCAAGUUCUCCUCUACACGAAUCUGGGCGAGACAGGUGGCAUGCCAUUGCUUCUUAGUGCAGUUUGGUUGACCACAGCUGGUGUGAUCUACAACCCUCUGGGUGCUUGGCUGCAUGACAAGGUCAACUCCCGCCGUAAGAUGUUCAUGACUGGAUUCGCGGGUAUCAUUGUCACUACUUCCGUUCUGGCUGCUAUGACUGCCUUGUACGCUGGCACUACCAACAAGGCUGGAAAUGCCGUUGGUAUCUUGUUCAUGUACCUGUACUUGGCCAUGCAAGGAACAUUCUGUGACACCACCAUGUACCUCUACGUUUCUGAAAUUUUCCCCACCGAGAUCCGUCCCAUCGGUAUGGGUUUCUCUCUAUUCGGCCAGUUUGCUGCCACGCUUAUCCUUCUCGAGACCGCGCCCAUGGGUUUCAACAAUGUUGGCUGGAAGUACUACCUCGUCAUUAUCUGCUGGUCUGCUUUCUUUAUUCCCGUCAUCUACUUCUUCUGGCCGGAGACUGCCCGCCUCACCCUGGAGGAGAUUGCUAAGAACUUCGGUGAUGAAGUUGCCGUCAACCUCACUGACGCAACAGAGGAAGAGAAGGCUCAGCUAGACAAGCGCAUUAUCGAAAACGGAGCUGGUAAAGAGCUUCAGGCCUAA